AUGUCAUCGAGUAAGUAUACAAGACUACCAGUUGAAGACUCUGGGAGCUAUUCACCCCCAAGUUCGUCUUUUUCCCAAAGUGAGACUCAAAUGGGGGACAAUGCAAUUUUAGAUAGUGAAGAACCGUUAGAUUUACCACCAGCGUAUGAACCGCCAUCAUUUAUUGAGUUUGAAAUUGAGAAUGAAAACACUGAUGAAAAUAUGGGAUUCAGAGCUAAAGCAGGCAAAUUUAUGGAGUCUUUCAAUUCUCGUGUUGUGAGGCCAAUAUCCAAGACCCUAGACCCAGUUUAUCAGUUGUAUUGUUAUGCCAAUGCUAGAUUUGAGUAUAUGAUUUCUAAAAUGGGAAAUCCUCUAAUAGCAAAACGAAUGAUAUAUAUUGUAUUUGUUUCGAUUAUACUCUAUACGGUUUCAUUAUCAGGGCUUAGCUCGGAUGGUGUUGUUGGAUCACAUUCUGACUUUUCGGAUCAAAGCAAGUUACUUGAAUUUAUUGAAUUAUCUGUUGAUCCAAGAAGGCUUGAAGAGAAUUUAGAGUAUUUAUCAUCUAUGCCGCACUUGUCAGGGACAAGUGGAGAUAUGGCACUUGCAAGGUAUUUUGAAGAAUUGGUUUUGAGAAGUAAACUUGAAAUUAACCCAGAUGUUGCGUUUGAUACUUAUACUAAUUAUCCACUUGAGCCUAAAGUAUUGCUGUUUAGUGGAAACGGUGAUGAGGUACUAGUGGAAUGCGAUUUGGUCGAAACCUUGGAAGACCAUUUAGAGAGCAGUAUUCACAAAUUAGCAUUUAAUCCCGGUUCGAAAGACAUGAAUUCCAGGGGUAAGUUGAUAUAUGCUAACUACGGUACUUUGCAAGACUAUAAGAUUUUACAAGAAAGAUCUAUUGCGAUUAAUGGUUCAGUCCUCAUAAUAAAGUAUGGUGGUAUGUAUCCCGCUUACAAAAAGUUGGAAUAUGCACAGGAAAGAGGGGCUAUUGGUGUUUUAUUUAUCAGUGAUCCUCAAAUGAAGGAAUAUUACAACUUGGAAUCUUUACAGAGAGAACCUGUUGCAUUCACCAACAAAAUGCCAGGAAACAUGUUGUCUCCAGGUAUACAUUCAGGAUCACCUGUCGAACAUGUUGGUGAUUUAAACAGUAGAUUACAGGAAGCUAGGGUUGUCCCUUCAAUUCCAUCCUUACCUAUAAAGUGGAAAGAUUUUAUUACUAUCAUGGACAAAUUAUCCAACCAGGGGGCCAGGAUUGAGGGAUGGGACAUUGAAAUUGAAGGCAAACCAAUCCAGAUUUGGACAGGUGGAGAUGAUGAAGUUUUGUUGCAAAAUAGCUUGAUCCAACGCCCUUAUAAAGAAUCGUGGAAUAUUAUAGGAAAACUUAAGGGUAUGGAGCAAGAUACUUUUUCCAUUGUUAUUGGCGCUUCGAGAGAUACCAUGUGUUAUGGUGCAGUUGAAAGCUCAGGUUCAGCAAUUCUGCUGGAAUUAAUGAAUAUCUUUAGUGCAAUGUCGUCUUCAUUAUCAUGGAGUCCACUUAGAACCAUUUAUUUCGUUUCUUAUGGUGGCUCGAAGUAUAAUCUAGCAGGAUCAACUCAUUUUGCCAUGAAAAACCAGGAUUUAUUUAAACGUGAUGUUUAUACGUUCAUCGACUUAGAUGAUAUAAUUCAAGGUGAUAACCUCGAAAUAAUUGCAGAUCCACUGUUUCUCAAUUUGGUUAAAGAUGCGAUAGAUAAAAUGGCAGAAGCAAAUUCUACAACUCCUCACUUUAACUAUAACUCAUUAGAGGUGUUUCCUUACCAGCUAAACUCACUUUCAAAUUCAUAUCCAAAUGUUGAACAUCACAAUGUUGCUGGAAUAUCCAUGAAACUAAAAAAUUCUGGUAAUUUAAAAAACCAAAAUACAGUUCAAAAGUUUAAUAUACCACAAUAUUCCAAGAACUCAUGCCUUGACACUUUCGAUAAUUUCAGAAACAGAAGAAUCGAUCCAGAUAUGUCGAAGCAUGCAUUUAUGACUAAACUAAUAGCUUUGGUUGCUGUAAAAUUAGUUGAAACUCCAAUUUUACCAUAUGAUUUACGGGCAAUGUGGAACAACAUGAAAACCAACUACUUGAACGUUAAGGAAUAUUCCAAAUCAAGAGGUUAUGAUUUAAGCUUUGACUCUAUAGACAAGGCAUUAAACGAAAUACUUGAAAUUGCUCAGCAAAAUGAAGCCUUUGUCAAUACCUGGAAUGAUAUAUGUGAUGAUGGUCAUGGUUCAGAACCAAACCUUCUUACAGUUAAUAGAUGGGAUUGGAAUGCAAAACUAUUAUUAAUGACCAAGGUAAUGAUUUAUAUGGAUGGCUCAUAUGAACACCCCUUCAACUAUAAUUUAAUAUACGGAUUGGAAGAAGAGCCCGAGCUAAGGUAUUUCAAUGAUGGAGAAGGGUUUGAUGAUUCAAUAGAGAUGAAAAACAUGUUUCCCGGAAUAUGGGAUGCAAUAAAUAAAGGUGCUUGGGAUGAAGCACAGUUUCAAAUAAAUAAGGUUGGUGAAGCACUGAAUCACUGUAUAAAACUAUUCCAAUACUAG